GACAAGAUCGCGGUUUAUUUUUAUUGUACAAACUAACCUGUAAACAAGAAUUUAUAAUAAUCAUAAUUAGUAUUUUAACUAAUUUGAAUCAUGUCUGGAGGGAUGUUAUAUGGCGGAGAUGAAAUAGGUGCUUUAGUUUUUGACCCGGGGCAUCAUUCUUUAAGAGUAGGAUACGCUCAGGAAGAUACUCCGAAAGCCGAAAUACCAGCUAUUGUUGGUGUUGCUCCGGAAGAAGUUAAAUUAGAACCAGAAGCUAAACCAGACGAAAGUAAUGUUUCAUCAAAUGCUCCAAAUUAUAAAUAUUAUAUUGAUACGACUUAUUUACAUUCCCCCAGACCAAAUAUGGAAUUACACAGUUAUAUGAAAGAAGGCAUGAUAGAAGAUUGGGAUUUAUUUGAGAAAAUAAUGGAUUAUUCCUAUAGCAAAAUUAUCCAAUCAGAAUCUCAGUUUCAUCCAGUUCUUUUCUCUGAAUCACCGUGGAAUCUCCGUCAAAAAAGGGAGAAGUUAACUGAAUUGAUGUUUGAGAAAUAUAAAGUACCUGCGUUCUUUUUAGUUAAAAAUGCAGCUCUAGCAGCUUUCGCUAACGGUAGAGCUACUGCAUUAGUUGUGGACAGCGGUGCGACUCAUACAACUGCGGUUCCAGUAUUAGACGGAUACGUUUUGAAUAAUGCUGUAGUAAAAUCUCCACUUGGUGGUGAUCUAUUAGUUUUGAGAGCUAGAGAACUGUUGGAAAAUAUGGGAAUUGAUCUGACACCUACACCGCUAAUAGCUAGCAAAGAAAUCGUCAGAGAAAAAGAAAAACCAAAUUACACCAAAAAGAAAUUAACUUUUCAACCUACCAAUUCCUGGAUCACGUAUAUGAUUAAGAAAACUGUUCAAGACUUUCAUCAGAGUGUAUUACAGGUAUCUGAAAAUAGUUACGACGAAAGAUCCGCUGCUAACGUUCCAGCGGUACAUUACGAAUUUCCAUCGGGGUACCAUCAAGAUUUCGGUUCAGAAAGAUUCAAAAUAGCCGAGGGGUUGUUUGAACACGCCAUGCUUGGAGCUGGUUAUAUAGCUGCUACUAGUGUGGGAAUGUGUGAUGUUGACAUUAGACCAGCAUUGUACAGUUCAGUGGUGCUGACGGGCGGUAAUACUUUGGUACAGGGAUUUAGCGAUAGAUUGAGUAGGGAUUUGUCUUCGAGAAUUCCUGGUUCAAUGAGAUUGAAGAUGAUCGCUGCGAAUGGUACAGUAGAAAGGAGAUUCGGAGCGUGGGUUGGAGGAUCAAUUUUAGCUUCGAUCGGUACCUUCCAACAAAUGUGGGUCUCCAUGCAGGAAUAUCAGGAAUGUGGAAAGACACAAAUCGACCGAAAGUGCCCUUAAAAUAAAUAUUUCACUAUUUUUUAUACACUUACUUGAUUAAUAUUAAAAUUUUAGAUAUUUA